AAUCUGUUUGAACAUGGAUCAACAUAUGUUGGACUUAAUGCUGGUCUCUGUGGUCUAAUAGCAAAUAGUCUUUUUCGACGCAUCCUAAAUGUGACACAGGCUCGUAUAGCUGCUGGCUUACCAAUGGCAGUGAUCCCAUUUUUGACUGCGCACGUAUCUUACAAAGGUUUUGUAAGUUUACCUUUGAAUACAGGUGAUUUGAAUUGUGAAACCUGUACCGUAACACGGGGUGGAUUGGUUGGUUUCGUUUUUGGUGGUCUGUACCCUGUUAUCUUGGCCAUACCUGUGAAUGGUGGCCUA